CCGGAUCUGACCUGUCUCUAGCCGAGAACAAUACCAUAUCUACCUAUCUAUCUACCCCUCCCAUACACAUACAAUAGCCAGAGAGAGAGAGAGAGAGAGAGAGAGAGGGGAAAAGCGAAACAAACUUCGGGCCUCGUUCCUCUCCCAUCCGCGCCUUUACCUGCCUCGCCCUCCCCACCAGUCGGGUUCGCCAACAUGGCCUCCCCGGAUGCCACCUGCGUCACGCCCUCCCAAUCGUCGCCCGCGCUCAGUUCUCUCCCCCGCGAUUCCUCUUCGCCGUCCGCGGUUCGGUCGGCCCAGUCCCAGCCCCAGUCUCAGAGCCAUGGCCAUGGCGAUGACCACUAUACCGAGCGCAGUCCGCUGCUCGCUUCUUCUCCCUCUGCCGCCUACUCCUCCUCCUCCUCUCCAUCUUCCUCGUCGCCUUCACCCGCUGCAACAAUGUCCGCUCAAUCGUGGUGGACGACCAUGUCUCAUCCGGCCCGCGAGUUCUGGGCCCAGGGCAAGGGCAUGAUCCUGGUCCUGGGUGCGCAGUUCUUCGGCGCCACGAUGAAUGUCAUGACUCAGUUUUUGGAGAUUAAAGGGAAGGAGGGGAGAGGGUUGGAUCCGUUUCAGAUCCUCUUCGCUCGCAUGUCGAUUACCGUGCUGGCAAGCUACCUCUACAUGUGGUAUGCUCGCGUGCCCCAUCCGCUGGGGACGCGCGACGUCUUCCCCCUGCUGAUGCUGCGCGCCAGCGGCGGCUUCUUCGGGGUCUACGGCCUCUACUUCUCGGUCCAGUACCUGCCGCUGUCCGAGGCGACGGUGGUGACCUUCCUGGCGCCCAUUCUUACCUGCUACGCCUGCUCGUUCCUUAUCCCCAACGAGACCUUCACACGCAAGCAGCAGCUGGCCGGGAUCGUGUCGCUGGCCGGGGUGGUGUUGAUCGCGCGGCCUUUCCCGUUCAUGCGGUCGGGGGCUCCGGCCGACGACCCGGAGCUGGGCGACACGCCCGGGUCCACGGACAGCUACCACCACGUGCUGGCCAUCGUGGUGGCCCUGGUCGGGGUGCUGGGGGCGUCGUGCGCGUACACCACGAUCCGGAUGAUCGGACAGCGCUGCCACCCGCUGGUCUCGGUGACGUACUUUUCGAUGUUCACGACAGUGGUGGCCACCCUGGCCAUGCUGUUCGUGCCCUCGAUCCCGCUGGAGCUGCCGGGCACGCUGCUCGAAUGGACCCUGCUCCUCGGGCUCGGGGUGUGCGGCUUCCUGCUGCAGUUCCUGCUGACCGCGGGGCUGUCGUACGUGCCACCGCCGCGCAAGUCCAAGGGCCGCGGCGAGUCCUCCCCGCCGACCUCGUCCGGGUCGCGGGCCACCUUCAUGAUCUACAUGCAGAUGCUGUUCGCGGUGUUCUACGACCGCACGGUCUGGGGCAGCACGCUGUCGGCGGUUAGCUGGGUGGGCUCGGGGAUGAUCCUGGGGAGCGCCAUCUAUGUGGCGAUGGCGCGCGAGGGCGCCAAGGGGGCUGGAGCAGGCGAGGGGAAGGAGACCGAGCGUGCGGCGGUGGAGGAAGGCGGGGAAAGGCAAUCGGGGGCUAGCGCGUGAGGACGCGAGGCAAAAAGGAGGCGCUGCUAUGUGUGAGGGAUUUGACCUGCGAGAAGAGUCUCCUGGAGUCUAGUCCCGGUGUCCAGCUGCAUGGGGCUCGGUUGGGUGGACGCCACCAGUGCUGAGUCCCGGGGGGGGGGGUGCCGUUUGCAUUUGGGUAUAUACGACAUACAUGCAUACAUAGACGGCGGGGAUGCAUGAAUCAUGAGGAUUAUGAGGAAUGAGACGAAUGAUGAAAUGGCAGUUUCAGCGACAGCGGUGCAGGAGUGCAGUAGACAGUAGAUACUAUCUAUCUAUCUACUCUACUACUCGUAGACACUAGACAUGUGCACUAGCCCGACUGGGGAGGACUGCGGGGGAGCUCCACUCAAUUGGCGGUGCUGAUUGGCAGGAGACAU